AUGAUUCCAUCAAGACCCAGAUCGCGCGACGAGUUUAAAGUAGCUCUCAUAUGCGCACUUCCUCUCGAGGCCAAUUCAGUUCUGUCUCUUUUCGAUCAUCACUGGGAUGAGGACGAUGGCAGUCCCCGCAUCGGAAAAGCCAGAGGCGACCCAAAUUCCUAUUCGAUAGGUAUCAUGUCCGGUCACCACGUCGUCUUGGCCCAUCCUCCUGGCAUAGGGACAAUAGCAGCCGGCACUAUCGCUGCGUUUUGUAAAUUGAGCUUUACGAGUAUCAGAUUGGCCUUAGUUGUCGGCAUCUGCGGAGGUGCCCCUAUGAACAACGGCAUUCAAAUUCAUCUCGGUGACGUGAUUAUCAGCACCGGCAUUGUGUCUUAUGACUUUGGACGUCGAUUUCCGGACGGAUUUGAGAUGAAGGAUACGGCGAGCGAUGUCCCUGGCCGGCCCAAUCUCGAAAUUAGAGGCCUAUUAUCAAAAUUAGCAACUGCGAGACAGACUGGCAGGAUCCGAAGUGCAAUAUAUCAUAUUCUCUGCCAGUUGCAUCAAGGCUCAGACACAGCAUUGCACUACCCAGGAAGUUGGAAAGACAUUCUUUUCCCAGAAAAUUAUCGACACAAACAUCAUGAGCCAUCGAAAUGUGCUAUUUGCGCUGCAUGUCAGUCCAAAUCAGACCCGGUAUGCGCUGCGGCCACUGUAUCGGACUGCCAUGAUCUAAAAUGCAAUACCCGAAAGCAACUAUCAAGACCUCGCCCAACACGGAGCCACCAGUCAUUUCCCCCUCCAGAUGUUCAUUUUGGAAUAUUUGCAUCUGGUUUUGAGAUGGAGAGUGCUGGUGUAUGGGAUAUAUUCCCUUGCAUUGUUAUCAAGGGUGUUUGUGACUAUGCGGAUAGCCAUAAGAACAAGGAAUGGCAACAAUUUGCUUCUGCUUCUGCUGCAGCAUGUGCCAGAGUGGAUAUUCAAGGGGCGAAUGAACUGCCUGCUCUUCCACAGCAUCCAGAAGUUAUUCCACGGAACAAUUCCAUCACACAAAUUCCAUCCGAACCCCCUUCUGGGUCAAUUGGGAGCCAAACUGACUCGAAGAGGGCAAACGAGUACUUUGUACCACGCGAUGGUAUUGAUCGGGAGGUGAUCGCAGCGGAUAUCAGCCGCUACUUUGGUAGCGAUGCCACGGUGCGGCCUGGGCUUUUCGAAAAUCCAGCUACAGGCCAAAUCGUUCAAGGAUAUUAUAUCAAGUCCUUCAGAACUCUAACAAUGAGGAUGGUUGAGGAUCUAAAGGCAGACUCUGCAAGAUGGGAUGAUGAAAAGCGUUCAAAAUCUCCACAAACCAAAGUCAACGAUGAUUCCCGCAGGUACUACACAGAAACUGGGACUCCAGGCUAUAAUGGAACAGAUGGCGAUUUCGAUAACGCUCCAUUUAGCUCACAGAGUUAUUGGGGGCAGUGA